CUUAUGAGAUACGAUGAACAUAAGAGUAUUCUAACGUGUCUGUAUAAAUUACUUAAUAUAUAAUUUAAAAUUGGGAAACGCAAAAAGUAAAAUGUUUUUUAUACUAAAAUUGGUGUUAAUAACCUUGCUAAAUGAAACGUAUGCAUAUAUCACGCAAGAUACUGAAACAAUACUGCUGCCGGCAUGGAACCCGACAGGCGCAAAAGAGAUAUCAUUGACUCUAAAAGUUUUUGGACAAUUGAUUCAACUGAACUUGCAUAAAAACGAUCGGAUUGUAUUGUCAGAGUAUGAAGUAUGGAAAUAUCAUUUAAAAGACAAGUUGUCGCAGUUGAAAGCAUCGGACUCUUGUUUAUAUAUUCACAGAGAUCAUGUCAGUUCAGCAAUUAUCAACUUUUGCGACGAAUAUGGAUUGGAAGGACUCGUUUUUCUAAAGAACGACAACUUUGAGAUUAAACCUUUGCGGAAUGACCUUGCGUCUUUGUCUUCACUCGACGACAUUUACGUUCAAGAACAAAUUAAUCUUUCAUUCGGAAAACCUCACCUUAUCAAAAGAUCACUGCAACAUUUUGCUAAUUCAAAUCUUUAUCAUUUCGACAUUUUCAAGUCGAAGCAACGUUUCGUGCGAAAUACGCAACAGAAAUUAAUCGUAGAAUUGGCGGUUUUCCUCGACAGAUCAGCCACUGAUCAAAUUUUUUUUACGUUUUAAUUAUGAAAAGUUACGCAAUCUGAUAUUUGCAUACGUGAAUCAAAUCCAAAUUUUGUUCCAUCAUCCAAGUUUGGGUGUUUCUAUCGAUAUUAGA